AUGCUCAACACAGCACAUAGCCCGCCUGUACAGACAAAAUCGUUUCAUCUAUCAUGUCUAGACCAGAAUGUUGUGCGCGUAUACAUACAGACCCUGUGUAUCUUUCCCUUUCCUGAUCUGAAUGACGCCGAAACGGCCAUACAAGCUCUCGGUGCCGGAUUGCGCCUUACACUCAACAAGUUCCCCUUUCUUGCUGGCACACUCACACUUGCGGACCGGAAAGCUGGAAAACUCGCCCUCAACUAUCCAACUGAUAUCACAAGCGAGCAGUUGAAUCGCGUAUUUCGAUCAAAGCAAAUCCCAUACCAUGAGACAGAUUUUCCCCACACGUACGAACAGCUCAAGAGAGAUGGCAUGCCACCGAGUGCACUCCGAAGUGCUAUGUUCGUCCCGGAAGAUCUCGCAAACUAUGCUGGCAUUCCACGAGACGGCGAAGGAAAAGUGGACUUCGACAAAAGCGACGCACCAGCCAUGCGGACUCAGGCCUUCUUCAUACCUGGCGGUCUUGUACUUUCCAUGUACAUGCAUCACAGUGUUUUUGACUUUUCCGGCGUUACUCUCUUCUGGCAGACGUUCUCGGAGAAUGUCUCCAAAAUCUCAAAGCAGCAACUCUUCGAAGAGCACAAGAUCAUAGACACGGGAAGCGUCGCCGACGAGCAGUCUCUAAUGAGAAAAGCCGUUGACGAGCAGGUUGUCCCACCGCUAGGCAACGGCGGUGCCGACUGCUAUUGCGAUGGUCCGCCUCAGUAUCUCCAAACCUUGCCUAAAGAGACGGAAUGCACACAAAGGCUGUUCGUCAUUCCAGCAUCACGAGUACGCGAGUACAGGGAGAAACUCCGCACCCACUUUCCUAAGGAUACCCCUCCUACUAUGUGCAAUGUCCUCGCAGCCCUGGUCUGGACGCAUGUUACUCGCGCCAGAGCAGGCCGUUUGACCAAGUACGGGCUGGCGGAGACUAGCAUCGGCAUUGCGACGGAUUUGCGCAGAAGACAGCACCCUCCCGUCCCCGCCGACUACAUGGGGAACAUGGCUUUGUUCUCGAGAGGCACGAUGAAGGUCUCGGACUUGACAGCAGAGGACCGUGUAACCAAGGCCACAAUAGUCAACGUCAUAAACACUAUCAAGAGCACGAUUCUCGAAGUCGACGACGAAUGGGUGAACCGCCACCUAACAUUCUUCAAGUCGAUUGAGGAGAUUACCGACACCGAGGUUGCACUGGCUUUGACUUUUGGAUCAGACAUUUACAUCUCGUCCUGGCUAAACUUCGGCGCUGAUCUCAGCUGGGGGAUACCUGGUACAGAUCUGAACAAGGACUCCCUUGCCGGUCGACCCGAGUUCAUCAGACGAUCGUAUGGUCCGGGUGAUGGCGGCAUGAUCUUUCUCCCACGACGGAGACAGCUUGUGCACGAAGAAGAAGCGCCUUUCGAGAUCCUUGUACGACUCGCCGACGAAGACAUGACGCGUGUGUUGAACGAAGAAAGUGGGCUCAGCUGUUGGGCUGAUGCCAUAAUUGAGUGA